AUGACUUUUCAAGUGUGUUUGAAUUUAUUAGGGUUGUGUUUCCUUUGCGUAAUAGUCUCCAUGUCUUCGCGAAUCUCUGAGGAAAUCCAAAAAGGUUAUUUGCUUACAACCACGAUUCGACUGGUUCAUUUGAUUUCGUUUGGAACUUGGUUCGGGAUGCAGUUUUGGGUGACAUUCAUUGCUGGUAAGUGAGAUGUCUAGUAAUCAUAAUCUUUUCUUUUAAAAUAAAAUUCUCUCUUUUUUUCCCCCUUUUUUGUUUGAUCUAAGAUUUGGAAGACCAAAAUCGAUUUGACAGGGUAUGAUAUGUAAUAAAAUCAUCUUGAUCUAUCAUGAUUUUUUAAUCCGCUUUCAACCUCGAGCCGGUCAUAAAGAGAUAUGCUUUAGACAGAGUACUCGAAAGAUAAUUCUAAUUGUGUCGUGUGUCGCGAAGAAACGAUCAUGUGCCAAAAAAAGAAUCGGGCUUCAGCGCGUUCAGAAAAACAUAAGAGAGCUGAAAAGGCAAAUUUUUCAAACAGGAGGUGAAAACAAAUUAAUGCUGUUCCUUUGAAUCAAGAAGAAGAGAGGUGGCCAGGGGGAGGGGGGUGGGAGAGGGAUACGACCUCGCCGGGGAGGGGGUCGAAUAUGCCGCGAGUGGUUAUGCGCUUCUUAAACUCUUUCGAACAAAAAUAAUGCUUUGCUUUGUAAGUUGUUUCUUUGAUAUUAAGUUUUUGCUUUGCAUUGGACAAACCAAUUCCAAACUGACGAUCCCGCCAGACGGCAAAACUCGUACGGUAAUUCGGAGUCCCCCCCCCCCGUUCUAACAAUUUUGUUUUGACAUCAAUUUCUGUUGCUAGUUGGUAAAAACCACCCAGAUGUCAGUUUCGUUCUUUAAGUGAAAAUCUGUGUCCCGCUCCUGGUGCCGAGAAGGAAGGAAUCGAAAAUCUGAUCGAAAAUGAUAACAGUUCAAAGAAACAUUUCAACCCUCUUAAGAGAUUUGACAAAAAAUCGCUCUCAAGUAGUUUCUAUGUCAGAUUAGACCACCACAGCAAAAAACAGGACGUCUUAAGAAAUUUUCAAAACACAAAACAGAAUUUUUUAGAAUCUACAGAUAGGUAUUCAAAACAGGAACAUAUCUGUAGGAAUUAUGAUUUCAUGGACCAAAACAUCUUUAACAUGUGAGAUGCGUCAGAAUUCUAAACCGUAAUCUGUGGCUGCAGACGAAUAUUCUAACCUUGCUCUAACGGAAUAAAUCAAGGUCAAUUUAAAACCACUAACUAGCUUUAUAGCUUUCCAGGAAAUUACCUCUCACUGAGAAGAGAUUUUUCUUCAAAGCUGGGGGUGAAGGAAUGCUAACAAGUUUCUAAUGAGCUGUUGGUUCGUACAAUGUCUUUUGCAUCGCUCGGCUCUGAAUUCCUAAAUCCGUUAUAAAAAAGAUUCUAAUUCUCCUUUCAAAAUAUUCGAACAUCAGAUAUGCUUGUGAUUAAAAGCAAAAUUUUUUCAUAUUCUGUUAUUUUUAUGAUUUCUCUACAACGUGGGAGAUUGUUGACAUUUUAAUCCAGAGAAGAUAGAGGCUAAGAGAAGCAAAAAAUUCAUCAAAUUUUUCGUCUGAAAUUUCUGGCUUGCAGAAAAAAAAUGCAAUUAAAUGAAAUACGUCAAAGCACACAGAUUUUGUGAUAAAAUAAUUUAGCUAUCUCUGUUUAAGGGGUCAAAAUUGUUUUUCUUUACAAGUACGUAUUACAUAACGUUAGUUGGAGAGAAACACGUGUCUUGCUUAGAUGCGCGUGUGAGCGCCCUCAAUAAUUCAACAAAUUUGUGAAAUUUGCUUCAUCACUGGAAUGAUUACUGAGCAAAUAUAACGAAGAGUUAAAAUGAAGGGUCAGACGUGAAAUGAUGACGAAGAAAUGGUAGCCUUUUGAAGAUACGUUUUCAAUCGACGUUUUUCCUGCAGGUCGAGAUCAGGAAAGGAUUAAACGUAAAAUAGAAAUAAGGAAAGGAAAAACAGUUUUAAGAGGAUUUGCUUUUAGUUGACGUUUUUCCUGUGAGAAAAGAUCGCGAAGAGGAGAAAGGAAAUUUAAUUCAAACGUGUAAAAACGUUUUUUUAAGAAAAAAUACUUCUGGAGUGAUCUGCUUAGUAAUAAGCCGGAUAAUUUGAUUUUAUUAACUUAAGUUGAUAAUGUAAAUUAACCACUGUAAAAGAUUUCUAAAGCUGACGUUUGAGCUUUAGCCUUUCGUCAUACGCUCUGACGAAGGGCUAACGCUUGAAACGCCAGUUUAACAAACUCUUUACAGUGGACAAUUAUCAUUAUCAACUCAGUUGAUAAAAUAACCAAAUUGUCAUCUACCGCCCAUUGACGCAACAACAUAGUUUUUUCAGGUUAUGAGAACAGACAAGCCUUUUGAUCUUGAUUUCAAACUGCAUUCUUCUUUCUAUUUACUGGGAAAUGAGGCAAUCAGUCAGGAGAAUAACCAUUUGGAUCUUGGCAGUGAAAGAAUCAAGAGCCUUUCACAGUUGCAUGCUGACUAGCACGAACAGUGAUAUGUCAACCCUUAAUGAUACUUCAGGCCAGCCGAUAACUGUAUUGUUUUCUUUUAAAGGUUACAAGAUGUACUUCACUCUUACAAGACACACCUUCGGUAACUUACAAAGCCAACUGUUUCCAGUUUAUUUUACUGUGGGUUCGUGUUUAUCUACUGUUGCUUUGGUAACGUACUAUCUUAUGCAUCCAGUAGAGGUUUGGACUGGAGACGUAAAACUUCAGGUAAAUGAAAAUGAUGUUUGUUAAAUUAAACUUUCCUUUUACCAGCGUUUCUGCUGCUGCAGCGUACUGAAAACUCGAUCUAUUACGUGGAAACCGUAAUAUUUUACGUGCCUUGUGUAAGCACUUUGCAUGACCUUAUUACUUCUGUUCUUCAGGUAUCAGGCUUGGCUGUUUCAAUGUUAGCCACGUUGAUAAACAAGUUCUACCUGGAGCCUAGAACCACUGCUAUGAUGCUAAAAAGGUACGCUUAUGAGAAGGAGCACGGAUACGGUGACGAUAUUGGGCCAAUCAAAGAUGAGGCCUUCAAGAUGGACGAAACUUACCUGAAGAUGACCCAUGAGUUCUGUAUGGUGCAUGGCUUUACAUCCAUGGCAAAUAUUCUGGCCUAUACUGGCAGUUUUCUGCACGUCUGGUUGUUGGCCAAAAGUCAAGUUUUGGUGAUUUAAGAUAUUUUCUUCGAUGCAAAUUAAACUAUCAUAAGAAACGAAUUCUAGGAAUCUUUGUUAUGAAGUCAAACAUCGUUUUAUUCGAUCGCACCAUAAAUUUAUCGGUGAAAUGGUUUUAACUUAUAGAGCCCACAACUGCGUAUGCAGCGGUCGAACGUCGGGCAUGUGCUAGGGGAUCCAUUCUGGCCACCCGUGCGCCAAUUUCCCGCGCAAAAUUUUAAAGGAAAACAAAAGGAACCGCCGCUAUCUGACGGCAGAGCUGAAUAACGAAAUGCUACGUCACACGCAUUCGGUCAAUAACGCAGGGUUUAAAAUUCAGCGGAAUUUGCGGAAAAAGGGGCUGGUAUUUAAAACUGAGGCAUUUUGUUGUCAUUGAAGGCAUUUUUUUAUUUUCAGUGAUUUAAGGAGAACAUUGACUUUUGUAUAUAUUUUGGGGGGAUGCAAAGUUGUUGGAGGUUUUUCUCUAAAAGAAAAGCGGCAAGGAAAACAACGCCUCAAAGAAACAGAACUGUAUGCGUAGACGUUAUUCAGCUCUGCCCUGUCUGGCAAAAUAAGCGAAAGAAAAUGAGUGAGCAAUUAUUCCCCAAUGCUAAUAUUUAUUCUGGCUAAGAGAUAUUAAGAAACUCAUUCUAUUUCAUAUAUUUUUCUUCCAUUUUUGGAAAAAGCGGUUUGGUAACAGCCCUAAAGAAUAUAUUUUGAAUAUUAUUGCGGUAUUUAAUUACUUAAAUUUAGUAGGUCUGCAAUGGAUAUUUAUGAAUAUUCUAUCACUUCCUCGGCGGCGCAGCCAGGAAUCUGAAUAUUGUAUGUCUGAGCUCUUGAUGGUUAGGUUGUAGUGUUCGUGGAAUUUUUACCGGAACACAAGCUACUUUGAAAAUUACAGUAUAAAUAUCACGGAAAAUCUCAAGAUAUUUUUUUCUGCUACAUAAUUACAGCGAAUAAAAUAUAUUAAUAUGACAAGCUUAUAUUGCCAAUUUGCUUCAUAAACUCACCAAACUUAUCACAACAGCUAGUCAGAUACACCUCUUACGACAAAGAAAGCUGCAAAUUAAAUGUGUUUUAAAGUUACUUUGUUGUUAAUCCCUGGUGAUAAGAGAUCUUGCUUCCCCAAGUUGAGCCGAAACUCAAUUAAGAUAACUGAGGUUUAGUCAACAACUUAUGACUUAGUUUUGUAGCUUUGCAGCUUCGGUUUUGUCUUAAACUAGGGUAAAUCCCUUUCAAACUUAAGCCAUUAUAUACGCUUUAUUUCAAGAGAAAUCAAAGAAAAGUGAAACUUUGAAUCUUAGAUAAUCAGUUAUCGCCCGUCAAACAACCGGGCCUAGGCCUUUUUUCGUUCCUUAUUCUCCUGUGACCAAAUCUCCGCUUAGCAACCACCCGCUCUGAAAUGCAUACUCAGUAUUGUUAUUUUUUCAUCUGUAAAUUAAACCUAUCCAUUUAUUUUGUCGCAAAAGUUUUGUUUCGGAAAAUUUUCCAGGUUUAAUUUUUGACAUGAGAAGAAAAUUUUAAAAAUACUUGAUAGGCUAAGGUUAUGGAGUCCCUAAAGAGAUUUCAAGACUUUUUCUCGAGUGCACAUGACUGGUAUUCUGAUCACUGACGAAGGGCUAGCGCUCGAAACGUAAGCCUUUAAACACUUUAUGGUGGCCAAUUUACGUUUUCGGCUCAGUUGAUAACGCUAAAUUACACUGUUAUACUCUCCCACCGACGCAGCACCACAGUUUCUUUAGAAACUUACCCCUUUUAUUGAUGAAGCUACUUUCUGUCUGUUACCAUGCAACGAAAGUCGACUUAUAGCGUCAGUUUAGUUUGUGUAAAAUUGCAAACGAAACAGAGGGAAGUUAAUUGAGACGCCCUCAGAGACGAAAAUAAUUACAUAAACGUGUAUUGAAUACAAAACAGAUAUAACUAAUUUUAACAACCUGCCUUCAAAAGUCUACGAGUGAAAUUAAGAAAAAAAUUUUUUAAAAAAACACCACAAAAUAUCAGAAAUGUUUUUAAUCGCGGAGAACGUCCGCUUCUAGGCGCAAUACACUUAAUCCAAUAUUAUGUUGUCAAAAAAGAAAUGCUAAAAUGAAAACAGUAAAACGGAAAAAAGCUAUAACAAGGUGUCAUUUCCUUCUCAAGAUGUGAACAGUUCUAAAACACAAAUGAUUUGAACUGUCGACUGAUCUAAAAUGAAGAAAAUUCAGGCAAGUUUCCUUUCGUGUUUUUCCAAAUUAUCGUAAUCAAGAGGUUAUAAUUUUAUAUACAGAAUCUAGGAAACAAAAAUACAACUUUUCCUACACGUAAUCACCUCUUGCCUUUUGAAAAGCUGUUUAAUUUCUGCUCUCUGUUAUCUCCAUGCGUAUGAUUGUUUUGUUCAUCUCGCCAAUUAACUCCUUGACCCGUAAGAGAGAUCAGCAUCUAAUUUCUUCUUACAUUAUUACCGUGCAAUCACACAUUACGAUCAUGAGAAUAAAGGAAAUGAUCACCAACUUUUUAGCUCUUGAUUGUUUUAACAAAUUCGCCUGGAUAGCACCUUACGAGAUGUAUGGUGAACAGUAUGGAGAAUCUGCAUUCUGAUGUUAGGGUGUAAAGGUUUAAAACUGUCGGAUUAUAUUAAUUAAUGAUGCAGCUUUUUUUCUCUUCAAUAAACACACCAUUUAACCACCGUGAUGUUUCAUUUCUUAGACGGAUGAGAGGCAAUUAAAGUCAUCCCAAAAACAGCUGUUUAAACUCGCCUUUUAAUCGCAAUUAGAUGAGGUUAUAAUUGGUUAAUGACCUAUAUCAUAUAGCCAGUCAGGCGCAAAGAGAUUGGAUUCAGUGAAGUUUCUUUCCUUCAUUAAAGGAUCAAUUCAUUCAUUAAAAGAUCAUUUUACCGAAUGCGGUUACUUCAUCUCACCAAAUAUACAGAAUUUAAAUACUAAAAGCUAUACCAAAAUUCAUUUGCGGGAAUUAGGAGCUAAUGUCAAGAGAGGACAGACGAAAAAUUAUUUGGGACAAGGCUCUUGGUUUAAAACAUGAUUUCCAGAUCACUUUUUGUCCUCUGUUCCUGCUGGCUGAUUUUGGUACAAACACGCCCCAUUGGUAAGUUAUGGUGUUAAACCAAAAAAUCAAUGUCUUCGCAUCGAAAACAGCUUUCAAGUCUAGGAUUUUUCAUGUAUAAAUAAUAGAUGAAGAGUAACUCUAUUGAAAUACAGAAUUCAACAUCAUUUUUGAAUAACAAAAGAAAGCUCUUAGAGGUAUUUGUGGGCAGAUGGUCAUGUGUUACCCUUAGGGCAAUUUCUUCUUUGUAGUUAACAUUACUAAAGGCGUUUUGAUGAGCUUAGGGGGUAGUGUCAGGAAACUUCGUCCUCUUAGCGGGUGAAAACGGCGCCAACAGAAAAGGGCGGGUUUUGUUAUCACGACCACAAGAUGAAACUUCAGAGAAGUUUCGACCUCACAAAGGAAUAAAUCAAAUCAAAUUAGAUGUGUAAUUUCAAGCCUAUACUCUGUAAGGUUACGUACGGUUUCUGCUUGCACUAUUCAGGCCCUUGAGAAGUCUAUAGUCAGGAAAAUCUUACCAGGACAAGUAGCGUAGCAAAACCAGUUUUUUUUUUACAAGGGGGGUAACUUUCUAAAGAAAUUGUGGUGCUGCGUCGAUGGGAGAGUAUAGCAGGAUAAUUUGAUAUCGUCAGAAUGAUGACAUGGGGCUAACUUUCGAAAUGUCAGCUUCUAAAUUCUUUACGGUGGCUAAUUUACGUUACAACUCAGUUUUAUAAUACUAAAUUAGCCGAAUUUUUUUUGCUGGAUUCGGUUCAGCCAACGACCAAUUGUCUUAGACUCGAUCACAAACCUCCAUUUGGGAGAUGAGCCCACGCUACCUUUCCAAAUCAAACCCGCACUCGAGAAAGCGGAAAACUUGAGGUACAGCGUAAUAUUUUUGUUUUUAAGACGAGUUGUGAACAAACGCGGGGAGAAUGGGGCGAGCGCGCUUCCAAAGAAGUUACGGCCGGAAGCGUUUACAAAUAAAGCUAUUAUAUUGUGAUAGUACUUGAAAGACCUUGAGGCUAGGAGAUCGAUAGGUUUGAUUGAAGCCCGUCGUGGUCGGUGGUUACUUUUCAAGAUAAAACGCAUCUUCGGCGAAAAUAACUGUAAAUUGAAAUUGGCGCCUAGUAAAUUAUGAAUUUACCCAAUCAGAUAAAAGCAGAACUUUUCAAAAAUUGAAAACGUUGAAUUCCGUGACCGACGUUAACUGGCCGAAUUAUUGGCACGUGUUUGUAUUGUUAUGUACACGAAAUAAUUAAAUUGCCUGCGGAGAAGAUUCAAAUUAAAAUUUUCUGCAAUAUAACGUUUGUACGAAGAGAACCAAAAAAUCGGCUGAGUGCCAAGACGAUAUCGCCAGCCUAAGGUUUUCUUAUUAUCAUUGGCUCAUGCAGCAGAUUAAUGUCAAAGCCAAGGUGCGCGUUUCGAUAAAUUUUUAAUCAGUCAUUUUGCUCUCAACGUUGAUAUUUCCGGCUUCAUCGACACAGUUGCUUAACGAGUUGUGACAUGAUCAUUGAACCGUUAAAAGUAAUCAAAGAUAAUUAUGAAUUGAGCCGCCGAGACGAACUCAUUUGCAAGCGAGCCACUCGCCCUGAUAACAGUUUGUUGAUAAUCUUGGAUAAUGAAGUUUAGCUCGUUAUAUGUCUUGUGUUUGGGCUUGAGUUUGGUGGAAACUCGACCGUUCGGUAAGUCAUUUGAUUCUUUUUCAUCGAGGACACUGAUUUUAAAGGAAGUUUGACAUUUUUGCCAAGUCUCCUAACAAGGAAUAAUGAACUGUUGUGUUUCAUAUAUAGGACAUUGUAUUUUCUGCCCCGAAUAUUCAGCACUAAAGAUCAGAUAUUGACAGUCGCAUGCAAAUGAAUAUGUAAGCAAGUAAAUGACUCAGACCAGCAGAUUGGCUGAAUUUCGUCACUUUCAUGUUAAUUAAACCUCAAUCCAUGGCCUCUGGCAAAGGAUUCCCAGAAAAAUCAUUCCUUCAUAAAUAUACAAAGUAUAUAUGUCCUAAGUUAACCAUAAUAUUUUGAAUUCAUUCGUCGUUACGUCGCCUUGGCACUUUGGAGCACAAGUAUGACUUCCGCUAUUGAGUGCCAGAAGUCUGUCUUGAACUCAAGAAAAACACCAAAAAAAGGAAAGUAAUCCUCUUCGAACAUAAAUAUACAACAGAUUUUUUUCCAAAAAUUUAAUCUUAUUACGUAUUGGGGUAAUUAUUUGUCGUCUGGGGUGUGGGUGGGGGAAGGGGUCUGACUGGUUCCUUAUGUUUAUCUCGGACCCAGAUCCUAUCAUGUAACUAACAACCCCUUGGCCGUAGAAGGUCUGGGUACGAGACUACCUUUAGGUUUCCUUUCCAGUCUAAAGCUUGGCUCUCAUUUAUUUUACAGAUGAUACUUGGAAGAGGGAAAGAGACGAGGUCUUUGACUGGUUGCUACAAGAAAAAAUUAUAGGUAAAUCAAACGUGAGAUGUCUGCAAGUUCCUGGUCGGGAUGGUAUCGUCCGCUCUAUGGUGUCCUAUACGGAGAACCAGAUUAUAGCUCGGGGACUGAGUCCACUAGUAUUAAAACCCGUAUACUUUCAAAAGAGUAUUCUCGGACAUUUUCUGAAUUUUGUUUUCCUUUUCUUUUAUGGAACGGAUCGGGCAGGUUGCCAAGCUGCCCUCGAAUUGGAAGAGCCUUAAUUUUUUUUUUCAACUCGAUAAGAUAGAAAAAAGUGAAAUGGAAUUGUACGAGUAGCCGCCUCCACAGCGAUGGAAGCACGUUGUCAAUUUCCAUCGUGAUCACAACGUGCUUCAGAAAGAUGGUAGUACUACCACAACCUUUUUAGUUGGGAUGCAGCAUUCGUCCUGAACUUCAACUCAGACGCAGCUUGCGAUCAUGUCCUCAUUAUUAACGCUGAAGGACGUGCUUUCCUCCGUCCAGAGGAAGUUUUGAGACAAGUCGAGGAGAAGCUUGCCGGGGAUCAGGCCUUAUCAUUAGUGCUGAACCCUUAGCGUUUCCCCUGAAAACCAGGUGAUUCUCAGACGCCCCCCCCCCCCCCCUCCUCCCCCGCGUUCAAAAAUCAACGGUCCUUCAGUAAGCUCACACUUUCUUAGCUUUUUGUCUGGCAUAUUUUAGAAAAUGAGGAGCGAGGUGGAAAUCUACACGGGCACAUUGUAGGCGUAAAUGAGGCAUAUGACGAAAUCAGCCGCCGUGGAGGACUGGGUGCGAUUCCAAUUGAAGAGGAAAUCGUGACCGUAAAUGAAGGUAAAUCGCUAACUAUUCAAACUCUUGGCAGUGUUAUGUUUCUUAAACAGACCUUUCUAUCAUAUUUUGGUAAGACUACUGACUAAUGAAACAAUAAACUGUUGACUUAUAAGGAGAUAAACGAACGAGCAUUCAAAUUUCCUGUGGUCCCCAGUCUUUUGUACAUUGAAUGGAGUUUCGGAAGGUAGCUUUCGGUGAUUUUUGAUGAAUUACGUUAUGGAAGGUAUUGAACCCAAUCAAGGUUAACACAAAGUGAGAAUUUGCCUUUUUGGAUUAGCGCUUCAAUGAUCUUGUAGUUUGUUAUUAGUUGCAAAUCUUACAUAGCCAUUUAAUUUUUUUGUCUUCAAUCGGUUUCCUCUCUUGCGUUGAGGUUAGAACACUGAAGUUAAAUUUUCUUCUGGUCCAUACUGGAUUAUAACACGGCUUAAAAUUCCAAUUUAGAUCCUUACAAUCGUCCCGGAUGUGGUGAUCCACUGUUCGAAGGGGACUUGUGUCUAGAUCCUGAAGACCAGGCGGUCGUCAAUCACGUGGUCCCUGAGACAGACUUAAAGAGAAACAUCAUUCGCGACGGGAAAAAGCUUUGGCCGGGAAAAACUGUGUACUAUUUUGUGGACGACAAUUUGAGUAAGUUUUUUUUCUUUUUUUCUCUCUUCUUCAAGAAUUACAGUUAUCUUGGUUUUUCCCAACAACAAUGCAGUUCAAAUGUACAAUCAAAAUUCAAUGUGAGUUCCUCAUUUUUUUCAGAGCGUUUACGACCCAAAAUCAACGACGCUCUGAGUAAAAUCAGAAGUAAAACUUGUUUAAAAUUCAAAGAAGUUGGUUCGUCUUAUGGAGGAGACUACAUCAAGAUGCACAAAGGCAAUGGGUAAGGGAAUUUUCGUAAACAAAAAGGGACUGCUCAUUAUUUCAUCGUCAGGGGGGAGGAGGGGUCCUUAACGAAAUUGCAUUUUCAUAAUAACUGAAAAAUACGAAAAAACGGUGGUGCAACUUAUAACUUGAGUAUCGGAAUAUAGUUCAACAGUUUACAAGGGGUAUUUUUUGCAAAUGCUGUUCGAGUAUUAAUUCUUUAACUAACAAGAACUAAUUGUUAAUUCUCAUUGCAGACUAGCUAUUAACGCAAGAUUAAUUGCAAAUAUUACCUGAUAAGUUUCAGUAUUCUCACUACCUUUUGGCUGGAUAAUGUAUGAAUAUUAUAAGGAGACGUUCCAUGUUAAUCACUUCUUAGAGUUAUAAAAGUUAUCUAAUGGAAAAAACGAAAUUCAGUUGAGAGCUUGUUCAAAUUUCCAUCAGUGAUUUCGUUAAAAAAGUAGAAAGAGUUUCCAUUCAUUUCUUUAUCAGUGAGGUACAAAAGAAAUAUCUGAGUCCCUGACGAAGAAUCAAACUCCAGAAGGUCGGGUUUCGCUUUCCAAUAAACAAGCAUUAAGCUACGGAGAACUGUUAAGAUCUUAAUAAUCAGUGUCACUCUCCCCAGUUAUCUAACACUAAUGUGUCUCAUUAGGUGCUGGUCAAAGGUAGGUCGUGUCGGUGGAAGUCAACCUCUCUCCCUUGGGAGUGGGUGUGAAUACGUGGGUGUUGUCAUGCACGAACUUAUGCACUCUCUCGGUAAGUACAAUUUUCACCGUAGGGACCCUAGUGGGUAUUAAUGAGCAUAAUUAACCCUUUGAGCCUCACGAGUGACAAGCAUCUAAUUUCUCCGCACGAUAUCACCCCUGAAACAAAUAGUAAGGUCAGGAGAAUAAAAGAAAUGAUCACCAACUCAAGAAGCUCUUGAUCGUUAAAGAAAUUCUCCUUUUCAGCUCCUUAGGAAAUGUAUAGAGAACAGUAUGGAGAAUAUUCUCAAGGUUAGGGCUGGAGUCUGUUGGGCUGUUAAGUGGUUAAACAUCAGCGAUAGGUCAAGUGCUCGAAAUGUCAGGAAAAGUUGAAAACCAUGUUUUUUUGUUUUCACACGACAGGUAUUUGGCACGAACAGAGUAGAACGGACAGAGAUAAAUAUGUGGAGGUUUUGUGGCAUAACAUCAAAAAAGGUGAUGUGGAUAAUUUCGUGCACAUGCUUGAUUUAGUCUUUGCGAUUAAAAAAAAAACUCGUUCUCAGGCUCCCAAGAGCAAGCGGAAAGAAGAAAAAUCCCAAGAACGAGGCUGGCUCCGCGAGAGCCCAUAUAGUAAAAAGUGACUUCACUUACAAGUUAACAAGAACUAAAACUGUGAUUUAAUUUAAUAACAAAAGAGGUGAGCUAACGUUAAUUAAUUAUUAUUUUCGCCUUGUUCUACAGGUUAUGAGACAAACUUUGACAAGUAUGACCAUGGCAAGCUAGACAGUCUAAAUCUGCCGUACGACUUUGAUUCCGUAAUGCAUUAUGACAGGUAUCUGUUUUCAGUUGAUGGAAAAAAACCAACGAUCAUCGCCAGACGACAGAUAUGGAGGGAACUUGGAGGGCAACUCAGAGGAACUCUGACCGAUAAUGACAUCGCAGAGAUUCGGGCGCUAUACGGGUGUUAACGGUAAUUUCAACGUAAAUGAAAUAAACUGCUUAUUUUUAUCUCUUAGUUACGACACGUUUCGUGAUAAUUUAAUUUAAUUUAGCAAGCCGCAAACUUCUCUAAAACUUUCGGAAACUUGUCCGUAAAUUGUGCUCUUUGCCGAACGGGUAAAUAUUGGGCUCAAGGUUUGUAUUCAUGAACAAGAGCCAAAUAUUUUUUCCGUGCAGCCCGUCCUAACUCAGAUGGCCACCAAUUUAUUCGUUUUUUUCGUAGCACGGUGCCACAUUUCGCGGGGCUGUGCAUAAGGCCGUAUAGCGUCGUCAGGUCCUGCUUGUGUCAUCUCAUACGGCCCUAUUAGAGGACUUUUUAAGAUAAUGAUUAACCAAAAAAACGCGUGGGGGGGGGAGAGGGGAGAGGGGAGAGAAGUGAAAGGCAUUUGUUCUACUUGACCCCUGUGAAAGGACCUCAUAAAAUGUAAGAAAUGUUUUGGACUGAUCACAAUUGUCAUAGUGCUGACGAUCUAUUAAUUGUGUGCUUUUCUCGCAUGUUUUGCAGUGAGACAAUUAGAGUCUUCGAUCAGGCAUUCAUCAUCAAGAAGCGAAAAAGAAAGAGCUCACAGGAAUUGAAAUAGUUU